GUUACAGUUACCCAGGUGACCACAACAAACAAUGCCGAGAAACGCGCGAGUGACAAUUUGCAGCGGACCUUAUGAAUCCAACGGGGUCGUCAAACACAGGUCCCGCCGCCUGCAGGGUCUCCAGGCCGCUUUGAGAGCGCAAGGACACCAGAGCGUCUUGGAAGAAACGAGCGAUUGGAACAUGGUGGAGCUCGCUGUCAACGGGGAGAUCGUCUUCAGCUGUAAUAUAAAGCAGCUGCAGUUUGGUGGAGAUGGAGAACUGGACCCUGUUUGCAAAGAAGCUGUAACUGCUGUGGAGAACGCUUACUGAAGAUAACCACUUAGAUUUUAAAUUAAAAAAUAUAAAACACCAA